AUGCUUAAUUGGGGGUUACGAUCGCUUGAUAUGGAAGCGAUGUCCAAGUUAGGCUUUUUUAUUCGAAGUUUACAUCUUCAACUGGAACAAUUGCAUCAGGAACAAUCGGCCAAAUUCAAGAAAUCAUUUACCGUUUAUCGUGGUCAGGGAAUGAGCAAAGAAGAUUUUCAGAAUCUACUAGAUUCAAAAGGUGGUCUACUGUCGUUCAAUAAUUUCCUAUCAACAAGUAUGGAACCAAAAGUGGGCAUGAAAUUUGUUGAACGUACUAUGAAAAAGAACCAAGACAUUGUUGGCGUUAUUUUUAUUAUGACUAUUGAUCAAAGUAAAAUAUCAACUUCGAAUACUCCAUUUGCUAUGAUUGAUGAACACAGUGCUAUCCCAUCAGAACAAGAAAUACUAUUUACAAUGCACACUGUUUUUCGCAUCGUUGAAAUUAAACAGACGGCUAAGAAUAAUCGUCUUUGGGAAAUACACUUGACUAUUACUGAUGAUAAUGAUUCACAACUUGCUGGUCUUACCGAUUGCAUCAAAGAGGAGGUUCGAGGUUCUACUGGAUGGCGUCGAAUGGGUCAAUUGAUGCUCAAAGUGGGCCAUUUCGAUCAAGUUGAAGAACUCUACAAUGGAUUACUCGAUAAUGCCUCUACUGAUAGUGAUAGAGCACAUAUCUAUCACAUGCUUGGAUACUUGAAAGAUGAUCAAGGCAAAUACCCAGAAGCAGUUAAAUUCUACGAAAAAUGCCUCGAGAUCAAGCGGAAAAUUCUUCCAGAAGAUGAUGCUUCAUUGGCUUCCACUUAUGGUAACAUCGGUCGAGUGUAUAACAACAUGGGUGAAUACUCGAAAGCACUUGAAUUUUACGAAAAAUCACUCAAAAUCAGAGAAAUAUCUCUGCCUGCGAAUCAUCCCGAUUUGGCUACUCCUACAACAACAUCGGUGGAGUGUAUAAAAACAUGGGUGAAUACUCGAAAGCACUUCCACUUCUAG